UUCUCACUCUCUCUUAUCCGUUUCGAUUCCAUGAUUGCGUUGCGCUCUUAUGAUCUUUCCUACGACUGCUCUGUCGAUCACCCAUCUACCAAUUUCGCCUUUUUCCUGGACUUCAAAUCUGCCCACCUUCAUGUCAUGUUUAUCAACUAGCUUGCAGCGAUUUCGGUCAAACCCAGAUCUACAAUUCUUGUAAUUUUCACUGAUCCGGGUUUUGAAUCGUCCAUUCGUCGCGGAAUUUGUUUAGGGUUUCUCUUUUCCUAGUUGUUUUAGCGGAACGUUAUCGAAGUUUGAGAAUAAUUUUGUGCCGAGCAACCGAACUGAUAUUGUUAUUGCAUCAAUCAAACAGGCGACUGGCUAUUGAUUUUGUGUAUCAGAUAUGAGAAAACGACAUCCUAAGCCUUCCAAUGUGUCGGAUCCAUCGUCUGUUGUCGCCAAAGAAAGUGGCAACGUUGGUGCAAUAAGUCCAAGAAGAUCAGGAAUUGUGUGGUUGGCUUUGUGUUUGUUGGCAUACUCUACUUGGACUGUUUACAAUUAUCAGCAUGUGAUUUUGCCACCGCCUCUUAGCUCCGAGCAAGCUGGUAAAAGAGGUUUCUCCGAGGUUGAGGCCAUGAAACAUGUCGAGGAAUUGACACAAUUGGGUCCUCACCCUGUCUCUUCUGAUGGUCUUGACGAUGCAGUCCAGUAUGUGUUUGAAAUGGCCGAGAAAAUCAAGAAAACCGCUCACUGGGAGGUUGAUGUUGAUGUUGAGCUAUUCCAAGCUAAGACCGGUGCAAAUCGUAUGGUCAGUGGCCUGUUUAAGGGGAAAACACUUGCAUACUCAGAUUUAGGUCACAUCAUAAUAAGAAUCUUGCCGAAAUAUGAAUCCGACGCAGGGGAAAACGCGAUCCUGGUCUCGUCUCACAUCGACACCGUAUUUUCAACCGGAGGGGCUGGAGAUUGCAGUUCAUGCGUUGCCGUGAUGCUGGAACUUGCUCGAUCUCUUUCCCAGUGGGCUCACGGGUUCAAGAAUUCUGUUAUAUUCUUGUUUAAUACUGGAGAGGAAGAAGGUCUGAGCGGUGCUCAUAGCUUUAUAACCCAACAUCCGUUGAAUUCCACAAUACGUUUAGCUCUCGAUUUGGAGGCCAUGGGUGUCGGCGGAAAGUCGGCCAUUUUUCAGGCUGGUCCGGAUCCAUGGGCUAUCGAGAACUUUGCCUCGGUGGCGAAAUACCCAUCUGGACAGAUCAUUGGACAGGAUCUUUUUGCUUCCGGAGUCAUAAAAUCUUCUACCGAUUUCCAAGUUUACCAGGAGGUUUCUGGUCUGUCGGGAUUGGACUUUGCGUAUGCCGAUAACACUGCAGUUUAUCACACCAAGAAUGAUAAAAUCGAGCUUUUGAAGCCGGGAUCUCUUCAGCAUCUGGGAGAAAAUGUACUUGCUUUUCUUAUUCGGGCCGCUUCAUCUUCUAAUCUUCCAAAUAACAAGGAAUUACAAGGAGAGGAGAAAUCGAAUCCCGACUCUGCUAUAUAUUUCGACAUUUUGGGAAAAUAUAUGGUUGUAUACCGGCAGAGUUUCGGGACGAUGCUACAUAAUUCAGUAAUCAUGCAAUCGCUUCUUAUAUUGGUUACGUCCUUGUUCAUGGGUGGUUAUUCAGCGGUUAUCUCGCUACUUUUGUCGUGUUUGAGUAUUAUCUUCGCAUUGAUAUUCUCAGUAGCCUUCUCAGUCUCUGUGGCCUUCAUCCUACCGCUGAUAUCUUCAUCACCCGUGCCAUUUGCUUCACACCCAUGGCUUGCGGUUGGAUUGUUUGUCUCGCCUUCGAUUUUGGGGUCUAUAACUGGUCAGCAUUUGACUUUCCUCUUGCUUCAGAAAAACGCGUCGAGAGUAUAUUCAAAGAGAAAGCAACUCUCCCCCGUCGUACGGGCUGAUUUGGCCAAGCUAGAUGCUGAAAGAUGGUUGUUCAAAGCUGGUUCCAUCCAGUGGCUUGUUCUUCUGGCUUUGGGGACCUACUAUAAAAUUGGAUCGGCUUAUUUGGCUCUCGUUUGGCUCGUACCGCCUGCAUUUGCGUAUGGAUUGCUCGAGGCGACUUUAACUCCUGCUCGAUUGCCGAGGCCUCUCAAAUUUGUAACACUCCUCUUCGGGUUGGCGGUUCCGGUUUUAGUUUCCUCAGCCAGUUUUAUCCGCUUAGCUGGCACGAUGAUCGGGAUGCUCAUCCGUUUUGACAGGAACCCAGGUGGGACUCCAGAAUGGCUCGGGAGCGUCAUGGUCGCUGUUAUUAUCGCUACUUUCGUUACUCUGACAAUGGUUUAUCUACUGUCUUAUGUCCAUCACUCGGGUGCAAAAAGAUCGGUCGUGGCCAUGUUGUGCAUUAUAACCGGCCUCUCUCUCGCACUUGUGUCUUCCGGUACUAUUCCUGCUUUUACCGAGGAUACUGCAAGAGCGGUAAAUGUAGUGCAUGUCGUGGAUACAACGAAAGGGCAAGAUCCGAUCUCCUACGUAUCGCUGUUCUCGUACACACCCGGAAACUUGAACAUGGAAGCUGAGAAGAUCGGAGAAGGGUUCACAUGUGGCAAGGAGAGAAACACCGAUUUCGUAGGCUUUGAAGCUACAUACAGCUGCGUGACCGAGGAAGGUGCUGGCGUCGGGUGGGACGAGGGCAAUAUUCCAACGAUGCGUGUCUUAGACGACGACGCCUCAGGAGUGUCGAUCGACACCAGAGGCUCAUCCCGUUGGGUUCUCGCCAUUAACAUGGAGGAAAUCGAAGAUUUUACACUGGAAGCUGAGGACGAAGUGCUGGUUCCACGGGGCGGCAAAAAGGCCAGCGUCGAUGGAUGGCAUACGGUUCAAUUCGCGGGAGGGCGAAAAGCGCCGAGGCGAUUUGUCCUUAGGGUUUUGAAGGGAAGAAAGGGGGAAGAGUCCGAACCCGAGAAGAGGAAGAAGCGGCCGCUCUUGAAACUCAGGACGGAUUUCAACCGAGCGACGCCAAAAGUCGAAGACGUCCUGCGGAAACUUCCCCCGUGGUGCUCCUUGUUCGGGAAAUCGACUUCGCCCUAUACGCUGGCUUUUCUCGCUUCUCUUCCUGCCGGCAUCUUAGGAUAGACGCAGCCUUUCGUAGUUCUGUUCUUUGCCAUUGAAAUUUAUUCAGACUGGUUAUACAUACAUUACCCAUAACGACUUGCAGCGAACAGUGACAAAAAGUUUCGGUUUUAUCGGAAAAAAAAUGUUAUUUUUUUUUUGUAACUGAGCUUA